AUGCCUGGCACUGAUGAUGAUGAGGUAGACCCUCAUGUUAAGACCUUAAAAGAAUACAUGGUGCAUUUUGAGAUUAGAACUAGUACCUUCCAGGCUUUGCCAAACUUCUAUGGAAGAAAAAAUGAGAACCCGUACUACCACAUUAGAGACAUUGAGGAACUAUGUGGUACAGUGAAAAUUAAAGAUUUGACCGAUGAAUAUUUGAGAUUGAGAUUGUUUCCUUUCUCUUUGAAAGAUAAGGAAAAAUCGUGGCUUGAUGCAUUACCGUCUUCUUUCAACCACACUUGGGAUGCGAUGACGAAGUUAUUUUUGCGCAAAUUUUUUCUUAGGCAUAAAACCACAUCUUUACGUCAAAGUCUUAAUAGUUUCUCGCAGCAAGAAGGAGAAUCCCUUUAUGAUUACUUAGAGAGGUUCCAUGAUAUCUUGUUGCAAUGUCCGCACCAUGGAUUUGAUACCGUGACACUCACUAUGAUUCACUAUGAAGGAUUAGAUCACAAAAUUACGACCACGGUAGAAUCAUCAUCCGGGGGUAAUUUUCAGGACAAAAGUGCUAAUGAGGGGUAUAAAUUUUUGCAUGAUGUAGAUGAAAAAACUCAGGAAUGGGACGCUAAGGAACGCAUUAGGAAAUUUGUACCUAAUAAGAGUGGUGUGCACAGAGUUGAUAUCAAGUUUGGCUCUGAUGCCAAAAUUUUUGUUAUGGAAAGGCGAAUUGAGUCGUUAGAACAAAGUCAGUUUACUUCUAGACCGUUUGUAUACCAUUCAUUUGAUGAUAAUCGCCAAAGAUUUGACCCUUACUCGAACACAUAUAACCCAGGGUGGUCGAGACACCAUAACUCUUCAUGGUCAAGUGUCAAUAUCAGACCAACCAAGUAG